AUGGAAGUGACUGGCCCCAUUUUUGGUCAAGUGCCCACCAGCCCGACCAACUACUGUGAGCUGGAAAGGUUACAAAAGUUGGCGCUAGCUCCCAUUUUCAACAAGGGGGUGGAGAGGCAGGGAGUGGGGAGCAUUUCCCCUAGAGAAGUCGGGAAUGCUUCUCCCUCCAGCCUCCAUUUCUCAACAGCGCCUGCUCACACAAACUCCAUCACAGAACUCGCGGGGCAGGGCGGGGUACACGUACUCUCUCCCUACGGAGCCUGCCUGGGCGCUGGGCCCCCGGAAAAGGCCGUGCCCACGCCGCGGAUCCCCGAGCGAUGCCGCGAGCGUGAUGCGGCGCAACAGCUGCAGGGGCCGGACUCUCGGUGGCACUCGGACGAGCAGAAGGAAGGCGUCCUGCUGUCCUCCCUUCUCAAUCUUUUCAGCUCUGCUCCUUCCCUGGCCCCGGCCCCGGCCCGGGAGAGCUGCUCGCCUGCAUGUGACCCUCAGGGCUUUGAGGGCCUUAAACUCCUCGCCGAAACUCUUCGGUCGCUGGCGUAUUAUUCCUUAAGUCCUUCCACAGUCCGCUUGCAUUUUCUGGACCCGAUUCGCUGGAAUUACCCACAGUCCCCUGUGCAUUCUCCCAGCUGCUGGCACUACAUUCCGGCAUCUUUUUAUGGUGAAAGCUACGUGGAGCUCAACAUCAUAGAAGUUUCCUCUGAGUUAUCUCUUCACUUAAAAUUUCAAACCAGCAAACCACAGGGAUUACUUUUUCUUGCAGCUGGGAAAAAUGACUACUGCAUAAUAGAACUUCUAUCAGGAAACUUACGGGUGAGAGUGAAUUUGGGUACAGGUGAACAAGUGUUCCUCUCUGAGCAAAGACUUCGUGUGGAUGACUUGGUUUGGCAUUUAGUGGAACUGCACUGUGUUAAGGGUAAUAUCUCUCUGGUUAUUGACAAACGCUAUGAGACAACUGGCCAGGUCAUCAGUGGGAUGCACAAUUUGCACUUUCAGCAUGGAAUCUACAUUGCAGGCCACGGUGGCCUUGAGGUCCCUUACCUCGAUGGAGAGCUCCCCAAUUUCCGUGGGUGUAUGGAGGAUGUGAUAUUUAACCAGAGGGAGAUCCUCACAUCCCUUAGAUCUUACCCUGGUUUCAAGAAAGUUUAUGAGGUGUCACUAGGAUGCAGUGAUGAAUUUUUUGCAGGGGAGGAUGAAGCCAUCAAUUUCUUUAGCUCCAGAUCCUACGUCACCUUCCCAGAAUGGAGGGUGCAAGGGGACGGGCUGUUGGAAUUUGCUUUGCAGACUGGAACUCAUCAAGCCUUGCUGUUAUUUCAGUCUGGUAGAGAAGGAGAUUUUGUUGCUUUGGAAAUAGUUAAAGGUUUAUUGAAGGCUCAUGUAGGAAGAAAUAAGAAUGAUACUCAGCUCUCUUCUUAUAGCUUAGUUAGUGACAACAAGUGGCACAUUGUUCAACUCAAGUUCACUGAAAGGUAUCUGGGCCUGAUGGUGGAUGAACAAGGAGUAAGGACUUUGCUGCCUCUUCAAAGCAAACCAUUUGUGUCUGAAGGCCACCUCUUCCUAGGAGGUCUUGAUAACCACAAGGGAGAAGAAGUUAAGAGGUUAGAGCUUGCCUCUGUGCCUAGGAAAUCUGCUCGAGCAAUCUCUUUCAAAGGGUGCCUAAGAGGCUUGGAAGCCAACUCAGAAAAGAGAGCAUUAAAGGGCGCACUUGUUUCCAAAGAUAUAUCUGCUGGCUGUAAAAUGAAGAGUAGUGAUGAAGAGACUCGUUCUGUAACAGCAACGGAAAACCUGCUUGAGGCACAAGUUCCCCUGUCCACUGCCGUCCCUGAGGCAGGCAAGCCUUUUCUGCAAGAUGUGAGUAGCUAUUUCUUGGUUCUGAAUAACUUGGAGGUUCAAGAAGGUGGGCAAGCCUUACUGGAACAAAGGCAUAUGAAGGUGGAUGUGGAGUUGAAGGAUUUGGGUAUCCAUCAGAUACUAUUUAAAAUAAAGGAAAUGCCUAUUCAUGGAUUCCUUCGAUUAGAUGUUUGCCCUGAGCAAAAAAUGGAGAAGGCUUUUACUCUGUUAGAUUUGAGCCAAGGAAAAGUUUGGUACAUCCAUGAUGGUUCAGAAGACCCGAGGGAUUAUUUCACAUUUUCAGUCUCUUCCAGCAGCGAGAAGGAAGUGCCAUUGUAUCUUCAAGGACAUGGUUCAUUUGUGUUCAACAUCAUCAUCGUUCCAGUAAAUGAUCCCCCAAACCUUACGCUCCCUGAAGGAAGCUUGCUUCUCGUGUUUGAGAACUCUAAGAAACGACUGACUCCAAAUAUCAUACAUGUGUCAGACCCAGACACAGAUUCUUCAAGUCUUAGUUUUUCAGUUCUUGGCAACUUCCAUUCAGAUGCUGGGUUUUUAGAAAACACCAAUGACCCUGGGAGAGCCAUUAGUGGUUUUACACAUGGGGAUUUAAGAGGUGGCAACAUUUUCUGUGUGCACCGGGGCCAUCGGAACUCCCGGAUUCUCCUAAGAGCAAGUGAUGGAGAGCUGGUUAGCAAUACGGUGGUGUUACGGGUCAUUGCUGUUCCUUGGGACUUUGAAGUGGCCAACAGAACCGGUGUGGUCGUACAGCAGGGUGGCACGGUUCUGAUUACGCAGAGCAACUUGUCAGUGGAGGUUAAUGGUGAACGCCCGGAGGUGGAGACCCGCUAUGUUGUCACUCAUGCACCUCAGUUUGGCCAGAUUCAGCGGCAGGGGUCAAGUGGAGAGUGGAAACAAGUGAGUAUCUUUUCUCAGCGUUCAAUUGAUCAGGGUCGGGUCCGGUACUCCAGUAUAUUCCAGGAAUUGCAGCUAAAAAACAUUACUGAUCACUUUAAAUUUAAAGUUAAUAUAGAAGGAAAAAGCAGUGAAGAGCUGAUGUUUCCCAUUACCAUACAAUGGCUAACAUUUACCCUUCUGAAAAAUGUUCCUCUUGAGAUCAGUGAAAUAAACAGGCACGUACUGAAUUCAGAUCAUUUGCAGGCUGUGACAGAGGGUGUGGACAUAGCCGAAGCGGAACUACAUUUUAAGUUACUCACCACACCUAAGAAAGGAAAAUUGCUAAUUGGCACAAAAGUUCUAAAAACAAACUCAGUCUUCAGCCAACAAAACAUUACAGACUUCAAGAUAAAUUAUGAACUACAGGAGAGACCCAGGAAAGAUUCACAAGAUACUUUCAGGUUCUUGAUGAUUGCAAAACACAUAGAAUCAAAUAAUUAUACUUUCAGAAUAAACAUUAAUGCAGAUAAGAUGCACAUUAUUUUAACAAACGGGAUUGUUUGUAAAAGAAGGGGAAGGGAAAUUAAUUACAAGAUCAGAAUUAUUUGCUGAAACAUUGGACAAUCAGACCUUCCAAUAUAAAAUCACCAAGAGUCCUCAACACGGGAAGCUGAAACUGAUUAGCUCUUCAG